AUGAGAACAAUCCGGGUCAAAUUCGGAAGAGAAAGCUGGCACUAUUUCGCUCGGUCCUUUCCAAUUGAUUGGCAGGGAGAUUUUAUCAAUUCGCGGAAUGAUCCGGCGAACGACAAUAAUAUUAUGUGGAAAGAUAUUGUCAGUUGGAUGACACAGAAUAAAAGAACAGUGGACAGAAAGAAGCUUAUGCAGGAGAGUUCUCAACGUCAAACUCGACCUGGUAAUCGCACAGGCGGUAGAGGCCUUCACCAAAAUCGUUUUGGUGGUGGUCGUGGUCAUGGUCGACCAAGCAAUGGUUAUCAACCAUAUCCAAGACCCUUGAACUCUCCAAGAUAUUCUCAAGGGAAUUCACAAAGUUUUCAACGUGGAGGCAAUUCCCAGCAACAGAACCAAGGACAAUUUCAGCCAAGAAACCCCAACAAUGGUGGCAGAGGCCGUGGAUUUAAUGGCCGGCGCAGUGGACGCUCCCAAUCUGGUCGUUUUCAGCCAGGACGAAACUAUCACGGCAGAGGCCAACCACAGCAACAACAAAAUCAAAACUACUAUGCUGAGUCGCACUACAAUCAAGAAGCUGAAAGCUUUGCUGCGGAAGGCAGCGUUCCUGAAUGGAACCAAGACAGCAAGACAGAAUGCCUUAUGGUGGAAUGCCAAGUGCCGAGCAGUACCAGCAUCAGGAACAAUAUUAUCAAGCUGAAGAAAAUCAGCAGUGGAAUGAUCAAUUCAACUAUGAACAAGAAGAAUAUUAUCCUGAAGAACAGGAGGCGCACGAACAUUUUUCCUAUGAUGAGGAUUCGCCAUUUUCCUUUCAUGAAGAGCAUUAUUGACCCAAAAAUACUCCUAAACUAA